AUGAACAAAGGUAUUGUGCUCGGGCACAAGGUUUCCAAGGAAGGGUUAGAGGUGGAUAAAGCGAAAAUUAAGGCCAUUGAAAAGCUUCCACCUCUAGCAAAUAUGAAGGCUGUCAGGAGUUUCCUGGGACAUAUAGGAUUUUACCGUCGUUUUGUGAAGGACUUUUGGAAGAUAGCUCGACCAUUGAGUGCAUUGCUAGAGGCCGAUAGAACUUUUGACUUUGAUACACAGUGCCUCAACACAUUCAAGAUACUGAAGAAUGCAUUAAUUACCGCACCUGUGUUAAUCAUACCUGACUGGACAAAGCCAUUUUAG